AUGGCAGUUGUUUGGGGCAACCAUAUGUGCUACAGGCCUAUCUGUAUUGCUACUAUCCGACUCUGGAGUGGCUCAAAUCCAAUUUUAGGUGAUGCCCAUGUUAUUGCAGGAACAUACUUCUUUGCAGUAAGCAAUGUUGGUGAGGAUCUUUGUGUGAAAAAGGUUGGUAGGGUCGAGGUGAUUACAAUGCUUGGUCUUUAUGGGAUAAUAUUAUUUGAGAGAAAGGAUCUUAGAUCCAUAUGUUUGUGGCCUCAAAUUAUUUUAAGUUUCCCAUGGUAUGGAAAAGUAGCGUUUAUCUUCUGUACUUUGAUACCACUUGUUCUGAGGGUACUGGAGCCACGAUCUUCAGUUUUCUCGUUACUUACAACCAACAUCUGGGCAGUGGUCAUUCAUGUGUUUUUACACCACCAGAAGGUGGACUGCUUAUACUAUAUGUCUCUUUUACUCGUUGAUCUUGGACUAUGCAUAAAUUCAAAUGCGGACAAAGAUUCCAAUGAAUUAACCAAAGUUGAAUGUGAUGAUCUUGACCAAUCAUGUCUGCUGCUACCGAUGGGAGCCUACCUUGUAUAG